GGACGGAAGAAACGAGUACUAAUUAUUAACCCAAGGAAUUAGUGAACUGAGUUUUGUCGAGUAAUAAUAUAUAAGAUGUGAAAUUGUAUGUCACAAAAGUUUGAAGAAAAACAGAUGGUUCCAAGAUCACUUCUGCCUCCUAAUAAACCAUCACGUUCUACAGCAACCUAACCUGCAGCAUCUAAUCUACUAUAACCUCCGUGUUUCUUAAUCUUACUAUAAUCCAUGGCCAUCCUCACCUUAUUUGCAUCAUCCCAUCUUCCAGCAUCUACAAACAUAUUCGACAAUGUAACGUAAGGGCUAGGAUCCUCCACAUCAAGAUCCCAAAGAGCUUCAGCAGCAACUUGUGCCAGCUCCACAUUGUUAUGUUCUUUACAUGCUCCCAACAAUGCGCCCCAGACGGCCUUGUCGGCCUUAACUGGCAUGCCUCGGAUUAUCUUCACAGCUUCUUCCAGAUCGCCAUAGCGGCCCACCAUAUCCACUAGGGAUGCAUAGUGCUCGACCCUCGGAUCAAUCCCAAAUUCAUCAACCAUGGCUUGGAAAUGCAUUUUGCCUUGAUCAACAAGGCCAGCAUGGGUGCACGCACUUAGAACAGAGAUGAAUGUGAUGUGAGUUGGUUUCACAUUCUGGCGCUUCAUGGAUUCGAAGAGCUCAAGGGCUUUCAUUUCAUGGCCAUGGUGUGCAUAUCCCGCUAUCAUGGCGUUCCAGGAGAUUACGUCUUUGAGGGAUUUCAUCUCAUCAAAGAUGGUUCUUGCUUCAGAUAUUGCACCACAUCUGGCAUACAUGGUGACGAGGGAAUUGUUUAACGGUAUGUCAGGCACAGCUACCUUUAUGACCUGCUGAUGAAUUUGCAUUCCCAGGCACAAUGCCACUGACUGAGCACAAACGCUCACCAUUGAAGAUAGCGUGUGCAGGUCAGCUUUCUCUCCUUUGGCUUGCAUUCUAAUGAAAAGCUUAAUGGCACCUUCAUGAUCACCAUUUUUCUCAAAUCCUGCUAUGAUUGAAUUCCACGUUACUUUGUUUUUCUCAGGAAUCCUUUCAAAUAGAUCCUGAGCUUGCUUCAACUUCCCGGAGUCAGCAUACCCAGAGAUCAUAGAAUUCCAAGACAAUAUAUCAGGCCGUGGCAUUAGAGCAAAAAGCUUUGAAGCUUCUUCCAUAUUUGACGCCUGAGUAUAACCAGUAAUCAUGGUAUUCCACGUGAUCAAAUCACGAUCCUUCAUCUGGUCAAAUAAUGCCCUGGCAGAACCAACAUCUCCCACUUUCACAUAACACAUUAUCAUCGAAUUCCACGAAACCAGAUUUCUCCGAAUCCCUGGACCAUGUCCCGCAGAGUCAUCAUCACAGGGGAUCCCGUCAAAAAGUUUCCGGGCCUCGGCCACUCGACCCUUCUGACCACACCCAGCAAUCAGAGUAUUAUAAGCACAAACCAACUCCUCCCCUGACAUGCCACCCUGUACCCCAUAGUCAAACAGCACAUUAGCAGCAGCAUCCAAAUCAUCAUUCUGAAUCAAUCCUGACACAACCCCACUAAUCGAAGCCGCAUCCCUUGCUGGCAUUCUCUCGAAAAACUCCAUUGCUCUAGUCACCUCCCCGUUCUGCAAGAACCCAGACACAAUCGCAUUCCAAGAAACUACAUUCUUCUCGGGCAUACUUUCAAACACUCCCAAUGCAUCCUCCAUUCUUCCCCCCUUAGCAUACCCGCUAAUCAUAGUGUUCCACGAGACAAAAUCCCUCUCAGGCAUUUGAUCAAACAGCUUCCUUCCUUCUUCCAGUCCCUUCCUCCCAUAACACGAGAUGCAACCAGAUAUCAUCACAUUCCAUGAAACAACAUCCCUUUGGGGCAUUCUGUCAAACAGCUUCCGAGCCUCCAACAUAUCUUGGCUUCGGACAUAGCCACUAAUCAUGGAGUUCCAAGUCACCGUGUUCCGAUGCUUCAGACCAUUAAAAAGAGCCCUAGCUUCAGCCAGGCGGCCAGUUCGGGUCAAACGGGCGAUCUUCUUGUUGGCUACCUGGAUCUGUUGAGCUAUGAGGCGGUGAUCGGGGGAAGAAGCAGAAUAUGAUUCCGACGAGAAGGAUCUGCCGGGAGGGUGUCGUGGAAACCACUGAUGGUGAGAGGCAGAGCAUGACUUGGGUAUCCGAAGAUGGAAGAAAAAGGGUUUAAUAUUAUCUACCAGAACAUGUCUUAUGCCACUGAUACGGUAACGGGCAAACAUUUACGGCAUAUCAGUAACAAGAAACGAGCUCAAAUAAUAAUAUCUUGAUAAGGUUUACCCCUUUUUGUUUUAUACACACAUUUUCUGUAUUCCAUUUGCCUUUUUAUUACUGCUGUAAUUCCUUUUGCCAUUAGUGGGAUUAUUAUCUGGGUGAAGAAUCUUCUUCCUUUGUUCUUUCACACGCAAAAGAAAAACAAUGGGUAGUUUGCAGUACUCGACAAAUGCCACCAGAAUAACACCGCCGUUUUGUGGACUGAGCAAACAAGGUCAGCGGUUGCUGACAUCCAUCGCCACCAGCACGGCGGCCAAGGAUCACCACCACCGUCUUCUCCGUAAAUUCGUCAAGUCAUCAUCCAAACACGUCGCUCUCAACACCCUUUCUCAUCUCCUCUCCCCACCAACCACGGCUUCUGCUGCCGUCGCCGGUGGUCCUCAUCUCUCAUCUCUAGUGCUCCCUUUGUACCUGAUGAUCACAGAAGAAGCUUCAUGGUUCAGUUGGAAUGCCAAGCUGGUGGCGGAUGUAAUAGCUGCAAUGUACAAACAACAUAAGUUCUCGGAUGCAGAGAGAUUGAUGGACGAAGCAAUUGCAAAAAUCGGGUCCCAGAACACCCGGGAUUUGUGCACUUUUUACUGCUAUCUGAUUGAUUCCACAGCUAAGCACCAACUGAAGCAGGAGGUUCUUUCUUGCAUAACCCUGUUGAGAGAGCUCAUCAUCGCCUCUUCUUCCUCAAUCCAUGUGCAAAAAAGAGCUUAUGAUUCGAUGGUUGCUGGCUUAUGCGAGAUUGGGAUGCCACGUGAAGCCGAAGACUUAAUGAGAGGAAUGAUGAUUGAUACAGGGUUGAAGAAGUUGAAGCCAUCUAGUUUUAUGUAUAGAUCACUGGUUUAUGCUUACGGGAGGCUCGGCUUGUUUGAAGAUGUGAAGAGAAAUGUUGACGAGAUGGGAGGCGAACUGGAUACAGUCUGUUCUAACAUGGUGCUUUCUGCACUUGGAGCUUACAAUGAUCUACCCGAAAUGGUGUCCAGGCUAAAGAGAAUGAAAGUUUCCAAGGUUCCAUUCUCUGUAAGGACUUACAAUUCUGUCCUGAAUUCAUGCCCGACGAUCAUGUCAAUGUUGGAAGUUCCCGAAAGGAUUCCACUUUCGAUUGGAGAGUUGAUGGAGAAAUUAGGCUCGGAUGAAGCUAAUGUAGUAAAGGAGUUAAUUGAUCCGUCAUCAUCACUGACGAUGAUGGAUGGUGUGAUUGAAUGGAAGGGCAAUGAGAUGAAGCUGGAUUUGCAUGGACUGCAUCUGAGUUCAUCAUUCGUGAUUUUCUUGCAAUGGAUUGAAGAGCUGCGCCAGAGGUGGGUUCGUGGCAGGGAAAUGGGGGAGCCAGAGGUGGUGGUUCCUGUUGAGAUCACGGUGGUCUGUGGGUUGGGGAAGAAUAGUGUCAUUAGGGGGGUAUCCCCUGUUAAAGGCUUGCUGAAGGAGAUGAUAAUUCGGAUGAAAUGUCCGCUGAAGAUUGAUAGGAAGAAUAUUGGCUGCUUCGUCACCAAAGGGAAAGUUUUCAGGGACUGGUUAUUUGCUACUCAUUAAAUUUUGUUUUGUGGGAACAAACGAACUGCUUUCCUAAUUCCUACUAAGUUCGUAACAGUUAACAAAAGAGACCAAGAAACUAUUAUCAAUUUUUACUAGCCUAAAGAACAGACCAAGAAACUUAAAGGAGCAUCAAUUUUUGCUAACCAUUUUUAAUUACAAAAUCUAUUUACAGUUACAUCGACAACCAUGCUGGGUUGUUUGGUUUCUAGAUUUACAGAUCUAAUAAUCACAAUCCCCGCAACUUCAGAGGGCCAACAUCAUGCCAACAUCAUAUGCACUUUUACAGUCCCAGAUCAAUCUGGACAGGGACAACCAUCAGUUUCGACUUUUGAACCCUAAUGAAACCAAGGAAUAGAACGAAUGUAACACUGAAAAGGCAUCAUCAGCCUGGUGAGCCUUGGAACAGCCAAGAUGCCAGUAUUUAACUUGACCCUUCCAUGUGGAACCAGAAAUACUUCAUCAUCAAGCUCAAUCCAGGUAAGAGAUGGUAAUUUAGUGAACUACUUCAUCACAACCAGCAUGUGUAAAAGGUUUUAUCUUCUUUUUCCAAGGGAAAAAAAAGUUUUCAUUUUGAAUUGGAUUAGAUAAAGGAACAGAACUUUGCAUCGAAGCAACAUUGUGGUGCUCAUCAUGUUUAUCUUAACAACCACAGCAUUUACCAAAGUCUGAUCACAAAAUCUUCCUUCUUGGCUCCUUCCUCAAUGUGCUAAUAUAUAUUGCUUUCAAAACCAAGGCAUCCACCAUAUAUACAUCUUCCCAAGGUUUUUGUGUGCAACCGCUUCUGCAACCAAUCGACGAGCUUGCCCUUCUACAGCCAGUGGCAAUGAUGGCGCAGCUCCAACACCAACAACCACUCCUUGUAAGCGCGCUUCAAUGUUACUGAUGGCUCGCUUCAGUUCACAAGACAGAAAAAAUCCAUUUAGUUGUAGCCCAAUAAGUGCUAUGAAGCUAGAGUCGACCAAUAUUUAAAUGACAUAAGUUCUUCAAUAAUCAUCAGUUAUCAAAAAUACCAAUCAAUGCAAUUGAGUAAAUGAACAUAUAUUUGCUUAAUGCCGAUGCAUACUAGCAACAGUAUAUAGCUCAUCUGAAGUCAAUUGUACCACAACAGCCCCUUAUCCAGUAAAGACCAAAAUAUCAAAUAGGGUUAAAGACCAAUUGCUCCCUAUGGUUGAAAAAAUUUUGAUUGGAAGUCUUAUUAAAUGGGGUGAGAUAGAAACCUGUGCAUGGGGGUUUUGAACUU